AUGCCUGGAAUUUUACCCAUGAAGAUGAUUAAGGUGGGGUCGUCAAACUCGCAAAGUCGCAUUGCACAAGCUUGCGAUAGGUGUCGAAGCAAAAAGAUACGAUGCGAUGGUAUUCGGCCAUGCUGUUCACAGUGCUCCGGUGUCGGCUUCGAAUGUAAGACGAGCGAUAAAUUGAGUCGACGAGCAUUUCCUCGAGGAUAUACUGAGUCAUUAGAGGAAAGAGUUCGUACAUUAGAGGCGGAGGUUAGGGAGUUCAAGGAUUUACUUGAUGAGAAGGAAGAGAAAAUAGACAUUCUUUCGAAGAUGCACUCAAAUCGAAGUUCUUCAAUAUCGUCAACGUCGACUUCGCCUCCCGCCGAAAGUCGAAGAGAGUCAUCACCUCAAAAAGAAGAUACGUUUAGGGUCCAAACUUCAUCACAUUUGCUAGAAGGUGGGAAUUCAGACUCAUAUUUCAUGGGAGCAUCGAGUGGUAGAGCUUAUAUUGAUCUCUUCAAGCGUAAAGUUCAAGAAAGUGGCAAGGCGAUCGUAGGAUUUCAGACGGAAGCAUUUUUGAACCCUCAAAACGAUUCAACUUCAUCACCCGUGGUCACACCGGCCCCAAAUUGGGCGCCUCCACGCCUAUUCUCAGACAAAUGCGUACAUGUAUUUUUCCAAGAAUGGGCACCAUUAUUCCCCGUUAUACGUAAACAUACCUUCUUGCCUCUAUAUGAAGAAUACUCAUCGCAUCCGGAACAAGUGAAAGAUCAACAUAAAUUGGCACAAUUACACCUUGUCUUUGCUAUUGCUGGACUCUCCGCCGACUGCCCUGAUAUGGAACAAAUAUCGUUGUGUGAAAGCCAAUGGCGUACAGCUCUCGAUUCUAUACUGAUGGGAAAUUCGAUUUCCACACUUCAAUGUCUGAUUUUGGCCCUUCUUUAUUGCAUUCAAAAGGGAGACUAUAAUCGUUUACAGCACUACAAAGGGAUUGCUGUAGGGCUUUCUCAUCGACUUGGUUUACAUCAAAGUCAGAAGCGAUUCUGUUUUGAUGCACUGACUACUGAGGCAAGAAAGAGGAUCUUUUGGACUUUGUAUACUGUUGAUUGUUUUUCUGCCUCCCUUGUUGGCCUGCCCAAGUUACUGAGGGAAGAUGACAUUUAUGCCGAGUAUCCUUUAGAUGCAGAUGAUGAACAUGUGACCGAGAAUGGUUAUGAAUCCAUGCUUCCAGGGGAACCUACAAGAAUAUCCAGCGCUCUGGCUCUUUUCCGAUGCUCGCGUAUUCUCUCCAAAGUUUUGGAGCAAAAUUAUCCCUCAGCCGCCACUCACGAUUUAUCCUUACAGUCACUUUCUGCUCUGGAGAUGGAACUAAAUGAAUGGUCUGAUAAUCUACCUGCUCAUCUGAAGCUUGCAUUUGUGCAAGGCAAGCCAUCAACAGAUAUCACGGGUAAUCGAUCAGCUUUACUGUCUCUUGCAUAUUAUCAUAUUCGAUCAUUAAUCCACCGUCCUGCUGUCGGUUCCACACUUGGAGCUAAAGCUUCACCAUCUAUCAUCUCCUUGGCCGAUUCCAGCAAACAUCUUAUACAGAUCACGCAGCUUCUUGAAGAGAGAAAUAUGACAUUCUCUUUUUGCCUAAACAGGAACAGCAUGCUUACGCUGUGUGGUCUCAGCAUUUUAUAUCAAGGACUUGAUCUCAAACAGGAAGGCAAGUUGAUGCAAGAGAGUCAGCGGCUUGUCAUUACUGUUAUCAGAUUCCUGGAAAGGAGCAAUGCUUCUGGUGCAGCUGAGCUUAAGAAAGUCGCUUCCUCCUUAAAUUUCUUAGACAGCCAAAAUCUGCACGAUAAAACUCAGUCGGCAUUUUUACGCACCGCUUCCGCCAUGUCUGCUCCCAAAGUCACGAAACCAGCAACAGCCUUGUGUCUUGGUCCAAGGAAGAAGAACCAACCACACCCAUAUAAGCACAUAAGUGCCAGCAUGAGCGAGAAUGACAUAUUAGCUCAACAAGAGAAGCUCCGACGAGCUACACUGCCAAAUAUUUUCAACCACACCUCACAAAAUCAAACUUCUUCGUCUCAAUCGUCUUACGAAGGUGCGAGAAAAGACUCCCCGGUGAACAAGCGCGGAAAUCGUAGCUCGCUUUCGCAACUAUCCUCGCUAUCGAAACCUCGAUAUAACACAGGCUCCAAACCUCCAAAUUUGGAUUAUCUGUCAUUGAGCAAUACGCCAAUUUCUUCACAACAAUCUUCACCAACACUAUCACGUACAGCCCCUCCAAGCGCAGGUUCCCACAACACUCACUUCAUCACCAACAAAACGGAUAACCAUCCAAAUGAAUUAAGCAGCUUGGGGUUGCUACUCGGUUCUUUAGAAAAUGGUCAGAGCAAUAUACAUAGUGCGAUCUAUGGUGGACCAGCACCUAGUCUCCCGGGAGCAAAUCAAACGAAUCAAGCUGCUAGCUCGAAUUCACCUUACGGUGAUUGGUCGUCAUCAUAUUCCAUGUGGGACGACAUGACCUCUUCAAAUCAUCACGAUUCCUCAUCAGGUUCCGGACCUGCACAGAGCGUAUUUAGUUUUAGUGGUGAGAGCCAUAGUUCCGCCGAGGAACUAUCCAAUAGUGAUCUGGGAAUGAGUGGGAAUAUGCACUAUUUACCCGACCAGACACAAUCCUGUGAUGAUUACCUCCGUCACAUGAUGGAGGAUGUCCCUCGUUUUUAUUAA